UGUGGUAGUGCGCAGGCGCACUACGUUUCCAGAUUUCGCGCCAAAUUUUGGAGCGAAAAAAAUGGCGGACGGAGAAGUAAAACAGAGCACUGCGGAAAGUACAGCAUACGACAGGAACGAUCUACCCGAGUUGCUACCGAUCUACUACAAGAGACUGUUCCCUUACGGACCCUACUACAAGUGGCUCAGCUAUGGAGGAGUGAAAAAAUCGUACUUCCACAACCGCGAGUUCUCCUUCACGCUGAAGGACGACAUCUACAUCCGCUACCAGUCCUUCUCCGACCAAUCAGAGAUGGAGAAGGAGAUCCAGAGAGUCAUGCCGUACAAGAUCGACAUCGGCGCCGUGUUUUCCCACAAGCCCAAGGACCACAAAACAGUGAAACCAGGAGCCUUCCAGGCACAAGAAAAGGAACUGGUGUUUGAUAUCGACAUGACAGAUUAUGACGAUGUCAGGAACUGUUGCUCAGGAGCAAACAUCUGUGAGAAGUGCUGGCCACUGAUGGUGAUUGCCAUCAAGAUUGUGGACAGGGCACUCAGAGAUGACUUUGGAUUUGACCACCGGUUGUGGGUGUACUCUGGCAGGAGAGGUGUCCAUUGCUGGGUGUGCGAUGAGAGCACCAGACAACUGUCUCAGACGGCCAGGACAGCCAUCGCUGAGUACCUUAGUGUGGUUAAGGGAGGUGAAUCCCAAACCAAGAAGGUGACUCUCCGUGACCCGAUGCACCCGUCUCUGAAGGAAGCUCUGAAGACCAUGAGCAGGCACGUGGACCAGUACCUGUUCCAACAACAGGACAUCCUGGGGACGGAAGACAGGCUCAAGAAAGUGCUGCAGCUGUUCCCUGAUCCUGGUCUUCGUGAGAUUCUUAAAGAAGAUGCCGACAAAGGCGGAGACUCGAAAGACAUCUGGGAGAGAUGGAUGAAGACAGUGAAGUCAGAGAAGGAAAGGGACAACAUGAAGAAGUGUCCGUACCCUCUUGUAGAGGUGAUGUUCCAGUACUGCUACCCUCGUCUGGACGUCAACGUCAGCAAAGGUGUCAACCAUCUGCUGAAGAGUCCCUUCUGUAUACACCCCAAAACAGGGCGAGUGUGUGUCCCCAUUGAUGUGGAGGACGUGGACAACUUUGACCCAUUCGCCGUGCCAACGAUCAGCACUUUAUGCAAAGAGAUAGACGAAUACAAGGAACAACCUGGGAAGGAGAAUGAGGUUCAACCCGGGACCAAGAGGAAAGUCCAAGACUAUCAAAAGACGAGCCUGAGAAAAAGUGUGGAAACUUUCAACAAGUUUGUGAAGGGGCUGUCAGUGAUGUGGAGGGGCAAGAUGAUUGAGAAUAGCGAUCAAAAAGGAGACUUCUGAAGAAAUAUUUUUGGCAACACCUCAGGAGUGGAGGCUUUUUUUUUUACACUUUCAUCUUCUGAAUUUCUGACUGCAUUCAACAACAACUUAUUAACAAAUUCAAAAUGCCACGUUUCAAGUAUCUAGUUGCUUUAUUGAAUAUAUAAUACAUUAAAGCACGGCAUACUGAAUAGAUCUGUAUAUACAAGCACAGUCGGACAUAUUAUACAAACAGACUGUACUAUACAUUGUAGGUAACACAUUGAUAAAUUCAAACAUGUACAUAAAAUGGUUCCAAGCUAUAACAUUUGCAUUGGACAUGAAGAAACUAUUGCUAAAUGCAGACAGUAAUACAGUUGCACAAGUCAGUAGAAAGCUGCCUGGGUUUCGAGGGACCAUCUAGUAGGGGUGAAAUUGAUUUAAACCAUACAUACACCAGAUAGGUAACCUGGUAAGAAAAGCGUCAUGUUACUUUUUAAACAUGUCAGAAGUAGAUGUACAUGUAUAAGCUAUCUUCUACCUCUAUCCUAUAUACAUUUUCUUACUCUUAAUGUUUUCUGUGGACAAAUGUUUGAACUAAAUGUGCACCUUGUCAACAAACAACCUUAAGAAUACAAAAUUGCUGUAAUAAACACAAGUAGAGCAAGCUACAUGUUUAUUCUAAUUCUACUGGAACUAGUACUUCAUACACUAAACUCAGGUCAGGACCAAUUCCAUGGCAUCUAGAAAUGUAAAAUUGCAUGGUGCCAUAAAUAUUACAUGCUAUAUGAUUUAUAGUCAGUAGUAAACACAAAAGCUAAAUUUUAGUCUAAAAUAAAAUAAAUUCUGGCCUGUCUAUGGCCAUUGCAUCA